GAUGGCUGAUGGUGUGUGUUAUGGCUCGGUAGCUCCCGAUUCAAACCACCGGCCUCGACUAAAACCUACAAUAUAUAAGACUGUUGACGGCCUAGUUAUUGUAGAGGAUGAGUUACUCAACUUCCUGGCGGUUAAAAUUAAAACUAUGACCCAGGACGAGCUAGUCCUUGUAGCCUCUAACACCUUCGAUUCCGAAUGGAUCGAGACUUCUAAAAAGACGUUGUUUGAACUCUGUCCUGAAACCAAGCAGCGGUGUGUGGCCUUUAAAGGCAACCAGAAGGAUGCAAACAAUAUUAAAAGCUGCCUAAAAGUGCUAAAUGAAUGCGGUGAAAACAUCCCCCGUUUUGUCUCCCACUACCUGGAUGAGCUGCCGCCUGUUACGUUUAACAACCUGGAUGUGUCCAACCUGCUGAGCAAGAUGGAGCGACUGCACAGCGAGGUUUGCGCAUUAAGACACGUAGUGGAAGUUCAGGCAGAUAUCGGUGAGGACCUGCGUGCUGUGGCUGCGACCAUGGACAGCAGAGUUGCUGCCGUAGAACGCCAGUUGGAGCCGAGUCAUGGUGGAGGACUGGCUGUACCAAGUGACGCUGAAACUACCUGUGGGAGCGCUCAGGGUAAUGGUGCGGUGUUGGUGAAGGAUGCGAGCCCCCCCGGCUCUUCUACUGAUGUAGUACAUCCCAACUGUGUUGACCCGCUCGCUGCGUCAGGGACCGUGAGUGCCUGUGUGAGCCCUGGAGGAACUGCGGUAAAUUCGCAGGUAUGGAGUCAAGUUGUGAAACAGGGCCGAGGUCGGAGGAAUAGGGCCGAGGGCCAGUCUGCCUUAUCUAAACAGCUUGUUGGGAAACCUGAACGGAGGAUGCCUAAGCCUAUUGUUGGCACUGCUGCACAAGGGAAUAUCAAAGUGAUCCGUACGAAGUUGAUGUCGGUGCCAAUACUGCUCUUGGACGUUCUGUCAACAUGACAGUUGCGAUCCUGAAGCAAAUGAAACUGAACAACGCUGCAGAGGACUUUCUGAAAUCACACACAGGAAACAACAGCUAAAGGAAAAGUCCCUCGAACACCAGUCUCUUCACCUGCUUCUACUGGACAGAACAUCUGUGCUGAUGGUGCAGUUGGUGCCUCUGCUCCCAAGCCCCCAAUUGCCCCAAAUUCUAGCGGUCAUUUUUGCGGUAUUAUCAACAAUGGUACAGGCGGUAAUACCGGAGGUACUUCUGUUGGUAAUGGCAAUGUUGGCAGCAAUGUUGGCUGUAUUGUUGGUGGUAAUAGUAAUAUGAUUAUCUUUGGAAAUUCUGGCAGUACUAUCGGCAGUAAUAUUGACAGUAACUGUUAGGGAGUAAUGUGGGCAGAAAUGUUGGCCCCGAAUAUUGGCAGUAGUGUCAGAAAAAAGGUUGGUGCCAUUAAUGGCAGUAAUAGAUAAUCACUGAUAAUGUUGCCAUGAAUGUUGACGGUAUUGUUGGCGUUACCAGUAAUGUGAUUAUUAUGGGUAAUUCUAGCCGUAAUGUCAGCAGCAAAUAGUGACACAGUUAUGUUGUAUACAAUUAGAACCACAUUACUAACAGUCAACUAUUACCACUUUUACGAUAGGGCAGUCUGUAAAUACUGAAAGAUACUGUUCUCAUUAACUGAUAAAGUAAUUUAUUUGUCAUCCAUUGUUGUUUUUUAUUAAAUUAAGAGAGAUAUCAUAUUGACCAUGAUAUAUAAAUGAUGAUUGAGCGAUGUCGGCAGUAAUACUGUCAGUAAAGUGGUACAGAAACAAUUCCCAAAUCCCGGUUCCCUUGAUAUCAUUUUAAUCAUGACAUAACACUAUUUGAUUUAAGGUACCGCCAAACAAGCCUCGCCUCGAACGCACUCAACUUGCUUUUUAAGGCAUGAUCAAAAUGACCAAUUGGCAACUUUAAUAACUUGAGUCACAAUCCAUGGUAUGUGGUAUAUCCCAUGUUAGUCACUUUUUACUGUCUCCUGGAAACAGUCUGCGUUGUCAUCAAUUCAAGGAAUUUAAAUAUAAUGUAUUGUCAUUGAGCAACACAGGGUUGUAUAUUGCUAUGGCAACGGUUCUGCGUUAGUAUGUUUUCUUUAGCUUUAGUGCAUCGAGCUCUCAGAACUGCAAAAUAAUUGUUUUAUCCCUUGAUGUAAAGAACAUUUUAUAUUGUUUGUAAAAGUGUAUAGUAUUUUUUGUAUUACUGAUCAUUUGCCUACCAUCUCUAUUAAAGGACCAGUUUAGCCAAUCUUCAAACUUAUUUUAAGAGUGCAUCCUUGAAAACAAUAGUCAGAAUGAACUUCUGUACUUAGUUUAUAUAACUGAAUCCGAGGAUAACAGUGAGACGAGGUCGAAAGCUAUAUUUAAAGCUAGUAAGUGGACCUCAAGUUGAGAUUCUUUGUAAGAAAAUGUUUGAUUUCUUUGUUUUCUAGUUGUUAGCCAUGCAGACACUUUUUGCAUUAAUGCCAAACUUGUCUUAUAAUAU